AUGCAGCGCGUCGUCAAGCCCCCCCGGCCGCACAUCCCGUUCACGGCCGAGGACGCGGGCGCGAGUGUCGAGCGUAAAGAGUUCUUCGCCAUCCCCGGGGAAGAAGGUUACGACUCGGGUGUCGUCGAUAUAGGCGAGGUCACGCCGGGCCUCGAGCCCGGGCGUGUCGUCGAGGUCCGCCGUGAGACGGGGAACUGUAUCGGUAUCAUUCUGGCGCCCAUCACUAUCGCGCUCAAGGAUCGUCUGCUGCUCCUGCGGAAUACGGGCGAGAUCUGGCCCGUGUCGGCCAACGACGUGCAGUUCGUCAUGCCCAAAUCGCUCGUGCCCCAGGAGUUGUCGUCCGCGGCUUGGCACCCCGAUCUCCUCCAGAUGUGGAAGCUCGGCGAAGACAUCGGUUUGGGUGCGCCGAAGGAGGGCGACAUCAUCGGACCACAGCAGGCGGGGCAGCUGCUAGCGGCGCGGCGGAAGAUUGCGGCUCUCCUCCGCCGCGUGCUGCGCGAGACGGAGCGCAUGCAGGCGCGCUUGCUCGGCGGGUCAGUCGAAUCGGGCCGUGGUGGCGGCAUGGAUGCGCUUUGGGAGGGGUUGGCACCCGCCGACGCCAACCUGCGAGGAUCGAUCGAUGCAGCGUCAGCCGCUGAGUUCCUUCUCAACCGCGCGGAGCCGCAGGACGGCGAGAAGCGGAUUACCGUGCGGCCAGGGACAUUGCCCGCCUACGCGGCGCACCGGAUGCUCAUGGAGCGCCCCGACCUGUUCCUCUCGACCGACAUUAGCAUGUGGCAGGAGCAGAAGUUCCUCGUCCGCUCGCGCGCCGAGGUUGAGCGGUACAACCGUGUCGAGCGGUGGGUCGCGACGCAGGACUCCAUCUUCCUCAAGUUCGUCGAGAAGGGCGAGACGGUGCGCGCGGCUAUCAAGAGCGGCGGGACACUGCCGGAGUGGAGUGAGGACGAGCGGGACAUCCUGUUUCAGCUCGCCCUGGCGCUGUAUGAACGCCGUGGUACCCAGCACCCCCAUGUCCUCACGCUGGCGUGCAGUAUCGCAAAGUGGUUCUCGUCGCCCUCCGAAGUGGUCGUCGACCUCUCUUUCGUCGGACCACUGCUGAACGAACUGGGUGUGCUCCCCUCAUGGGACUCGUCGAUGCCCCACAAGGUAAUUGAGGGCGCGUCCCGCUCCGCAAGCAUGGGCGGCUUUAUCAUGCCGGUCAAGUUUGGCAAGUCGGCUGCGGAGCCAGUCGCUGCGGACGCAGCCCUCGACAGUCUUCGCCAGGAGUACUCGCACCGAGUGUAUGUGAUCGACGACCCGAGCGCGCUCGAGCUUGACGAUGGUAUCGCUCUCGAGCCCGCCGGCAACGACCAGUACUGGGUACACGUUUACGUGGCGGACCCAACGCGCUUUAUGGAGCGCGAAGGGACACUCUCGACAGCGGCAAGCUUCCGAGGAACAGCGCAUUAUCUGAAGGAGGGGACGGUGCCGAUGCUUCCCCCAUCGCUGGCAGGGGGCAAGCUGUCGCUCGGCGCGGCUGAGGGGCAGCCGAUCUUGGUGUUCUCGGCCAAGGUCGACACACAAGGAGAAGUGCACGACUGGAAGGUUGGAAUGGGUUUCACGAAGAACUCGGUGGUGACGACGUACGACGCGGUCAACGAUGCGCUCGGCAUCGUGCCGGCCAAGAAGUCGUACCCCUUCGGGCGGUUGCGCGAGGACUUGCUCGUGCGACCCCCAACGCGGCCCCUCAGCACUCUUGAGGCGGAGCACAAUGCUGAGCUGCAGACGCUUAUGCAGCUCUCGCAGGCCCUGCGCGCCGUGCGUUACAAGAAUGCUGGCUUUGAGUGGACAUCCUCGGCCGCAUCGAUCAGUGUGCAUAACACACGCGCCAUCCCCGCCAACCUGCACGAUCGGUCCUCGUUCCCCGCUGCCCCGCAGAGCUCAGCGCUCGACGAGCUGCGGCUCGGCUACGAGGUGACUGAAGAUCCGCUCAUCACGAGCUCCAUCACGAUGGUCACCGAGUACAUGGUACUCGCGAACCAAGUGGCCGCGUGGUUCUGCGGCGAGCACGGGCUCGCCGCAGCGUUCCGCGGCACCGGGCCCGUCACCAACACCUCCGUAACUCCAGCGGACAUGACCGUGGACAAACUCCUCGAGCAGCGAGUGCCUGGCACUGGUUUCGUGAGCUUGAGCAAGGCCAAGAUCGGCUCGCUCCUCUUCCCCGCGACGCAGCUCAGCCCGACCCCCAUCCCGCACUGGCUCAUGGGAUUGAGUGCUGGUCGGGGAUACAUGUGGGCGACGUCGCCGCUGCGACGGUACGACGACAUGCUGGCGCACUGGCAGAUCAAGGGUGCGCUGGCCGCGCAAGCCGGCGUGUCCGGCGGCGAGGGCGUGCUCUCCACCGAGGCGAUCUGGCCACUCGUCAUGCGCGCCUACCACGGGCAGCAGCGCGGGCGCACCGCCGAGCGCACGGGAAUCCGCUACUUCACCUCCGCGCUGCUGAAGCAGCGGGCCUCGGGCCCCCUGCCGGACGAGUACGAGGCCGUCGGCGAGAUCAUUGACUUGCACAAGCCAAUAGACGCCGUCGUCCUCUCCCUCCCCCACGCCCGGGCGGGGAAGUACGAGGUCGACAUCAACAUCCCCUCUCUGGGCUUGACUUCGGACACACCCUUCCCAUCUAUGGCUGAGGCCCAGCGCCUCGCCCCCCUCGGCUCCACUAUCCAGGUUGUGUUCAGCAUGACUGAGCUCUGGCCAAUUCCGCGCGCCCAAUUCAGGCUCGCUUAG